GGGCUGGGGCUCGGGGGACAGGGCUAAAUGAGGCGACAAGCCCCGCCUCUCACUGUACGCUCGCUCCCGCUGCUGUUGCCGCCGCCUCUGCUCUAAGAAAGUCAUGUUACCCAACACCGGGAGGCUAGCAGGAUGUACAGUUUUUAUCACAGGUGCAAGCCGUGGCAUCGGCAAAGCUAUUGCAUUGAAAGCAGCACGGGACGGAGCAAACAUUGUCAUUGCUGCGAAGACCACCCAUGUAAACCCCAAACUUCCAGGCACAAUCUUUACUGCUGCUGAAGAGAUUGAAGCAGCUGGAGGAAAGGCCUUGCCGUGCGCUGUUGAUGUGAGAGAUGAACAGCAAAUCAGUAAUGCAGUGGAGAAAGCAGUGGAGCGAUUUGGAGGAAUUGAUAUUUUGGUGAAUAAUGCCAGUGCUAUUAGCUUGACCAACACAUUGGAAACACCUACAAAAAGAGUGGAUUUGAUGAUGAAUGUCAACACCAGAGGCACCUUUCUGACAUCUAAAGCAUGUAUUCCUUAUUUGAAAAAGAGUAAAAUUGCUCAUAUCCUCAAUCUCAGCCCACCGCUGAACCUAAAUCCAUUGUGGUUCAAACAGCACUGUGCUUAUACCAUUGCUAAGUAUGGUAUGUCUAUGUGUGUGCUUGGAAUGGCAGAAGAAUUUAAGGGUGAAAUUGCAGUCAAUGCAUUAUGGCCUAAAACAGCCAUCCACACCGCUGCUAUGGAUAUGCUGGGAGGAUCUGGUAUUGAAAGCCAGUGUAGAAAAGUUGAUAUCAUUGCAGAUGCUGCCUAUUCCAUUUUUAAAAAGCCAAAAAGUUUUACUGGAAACUUUAUUAUUGAUGAAAAUAUCUUAAGAGAAGAAGGAAUAAAAAAUUUUGACAUCUAUGCAAUUAAGCCAGGCCAUCCUUUGAUACCAGAUUUCUUCUUAGAUGAACACCCAGAUACAAUUACCAAGAAAAUGGAAUCACAUGAUGUUCUUCCGGAAUUGAAAGAAGAGAAGUCACAGCCACCACCAAAACCACGUUCUGGAGCUGUGGCAGAAACAUUUAGAAUUGUUAAGGACUCUCUCAGUGAUGACGUUGUUAAAGCCACUCAAGCAAUUUAUCAGUUUGAGCUCUCAGGUGAAGAUGGUGGAACGUGGUUUCUUGAUCUUAAAAGCAAAGGUGGGAAUGUUGGAUAUGGAGAGCCCUCUGAUCAGGCAGAUGUGGUGAUGAGUAUGUCUACUGAUGAUUUUGUAAAAAUGUUUUCAGGGAAACUAAAACCAACAAUGGCAUUCAUGUCAGGAAAAUUGAAGAUUAAAGGAAACAUGACCCUAGCAAUCAGAUUGGAGAAGCUAAUGAAUCAGAUGAAUGCCAAGUUAUGAAGGAAAAGAAAAAAAAAUGUCAAUCACUAAGCCCAAAAAGUAAAGGGGAUCAACAGUUAAAAUCUGUUUGUUUUUUUCCCUUUCGUAUUAUAAGGAUAUGCAAAUUUGUUUUGGAAAAAACAAUUUCUGUAUCUAUAAGACUUGAAAUUGUAAUUAAAACGGCUAGCUAAUUAAACAUAAGCUUCAUUAAGUGGAAUUCUAAGACAGUCUGCCCAUGGAAUUUUCUGAGUUUGCCUUCUGAGAGCUAGAUUUCAUUCAUUGUGGGAAAGGUAUGACCCGGUUUAAGCAGUAAAAUUAGCUCUUCUUUAUCUCCCAUAUAAAAGGAGAUUAAUCUGUUUUAAAUUUUUCAGUUUGGGAUUGUAUGCUAAUGAAAUAUUAAUGAUAUUUUAGAUUUUCAUAUACUUGUUUUAAGGAAGAUCUUCUAUAAUGCAUUUUUGCGGAAAUCACAUAAACUAAUAAAUAGUGAAGACUAAUGAAACAAAAAUAGUUUUUCAUUCUAACUAGCUUUCCAGGUAUAAGUUACCUAUUAUUAAUGUAAUUUCGCUAAUGUAAUUCAGUAUGUAUCCUCUUUUAAAUGUGUAAAAAUAUUUUAAAAUAAAAUAAUUUCUCCCCAGAA